ACCAAAUGUGUUAUUGUUGUUGGUGCGAAAAAGAUGAAAUUAGAAAAAUUGAUGGAAAACGUGUGCGGUCGAGAAAAAUCGUCACCGAAUAGAUUUUCCUGUUUAUUCAGCGUUGAUGGGGUUCCGACAACGAGCUUUGCAAGUGCUAUUUUCCUUUGAAAAAUUAACAGCGUCGUUCGUGAGGCAGAAUCUAUUUUAGGCCCAUUGCAUGGAGUGGUUGCCGAAAUAUUCAUCGCUGGAUAUUUUCUGUUCGAAGGCUGUUGGAAAUUUCGGAGGGAAUUUAAAGCCACUAGUUAGAUGAGGUGGGUUGACAGGAAAUGGAUCUAAUGAAGUUUCUUUACGAGGAACUUUUGCGAUUGCUGUAGAAAUAGAGAGAUAAAAAAGCUGCUGAGAAUACUUUUAAGUUUGAAAUCAUGGAUGGCCUAUCACUUGGUCUAAAGAAGCUUAUUUUUUCAAAGAAAGACUCGCCAUCAACACCCAGCAGUCGAUCUGGAAGGGAGAGGAAAAGAGCUUUUUUGUCAAACAGUAGAAGAGGACAGAGAGAUCCAAGCCCAUUCGAAGAGGUGAGAGGAAAUUGCUUCAACUUGGAAAAUAAAGAAAGUGAAGGAAAGGAAAUACAGGAUUUUGUUUCUGCCAAGGAAGAAAUAAGAUACGAUGAUGAAGACUUCGAGUACAGGGAAAGGGAUGCCUCUGGAUUUGAGGAAAUCGAUUGGCCAGAUUUGGAACCAGAAAGCCUGUCUGUUGAACAGACCGAUGAAGAGAGGAAUUCUGUUAGUCCUAAUGAAGAGUCAAACCUAGCAGUGCAAGAUGAUAGUAAAAGCCCCGAAACUGUAAUCAGUGGCUCUGUAGAUGGAGUAUUAAGUAGAGGAGAAAAUGUAGGAAAGAACCUUGAUUCAAAUUUGUCAGACAAACAUGAUCUUGAAACUGCAGAAUCUGAUGAUAUUGUUAGUGAAAAUGGUUAUUUUGAAAGGAAAAGAACAUUGUUAAGACCAGAGGGAAGUGCUGUUCUGUCUUUGUCCGAUUCAUUACAAGAUGAGUUGGAUGAUCUUGAAGUGAGAGCAGAAAGACACAAGCCGUUGACAAAAGAGCAGUUUCUAAGUUUCUUGGAUUCUGAUGGGAGAGUUGUUGAUGAAACGAAGCUGAGAAGAAUCAUUUUUAAAGGGGGUGUUGAGGAAGAAAUUAGAGAGGAUGUGUGGCAAUUCUUAUUUGAAUUGUACCCAUGCAACUCAACAAAAAGAGAAAGAGAAGUAAUGAACACAGAGCAUUCCAUCCGAUACAAAGCCUUGAAAGCAAGAUGGCGGCCAUUGCUGAAGCAGAUUUCAUCUGACCCUAAAUCAGGUGUUCGUUAUUGUCCGGAAUGGUUGCACAAACGGAAAAUAUCGGUUGUUUUAGAAACAAACAUGAAAGCAAGUAAAGAAGCUGUUGAAAAUGCAACUCUGAAUAUGGCUGACAAAAGCAGGGGUUUAUUGGCAGAUACGAAGUCACCAGGUAGGCAGGAGCAUGAUUUAGGCCAAGAGAUAAGGAGGCUGAACAGUGCUUAGGCAUGCUCAGGUGUGGCGAAAGUGUCACGUGGUACCCAUGAUCCAUUGCGGGAAGGGGAUGCUUCCUUUAAAAUGGCUGAUGAUGCCGAUAUUCACCCAAUCGCUGAUAUUCACGGCAGCACGGUUGAUGAUGUAAGAGAUGCAAUAACAGAGGCCAUGAUGGAAGAGCCUCGUAUUACUGGAAUUAGAAGUGAUGUUGAUCAAGUAAAAGAAAGAAGGAAAAGGGUUGAGAAAGAUUUCCAUACGAAUUUCAAAAUCACCUGUCCAAUUUGCACACAAGAUGUUUCACGUAAAUGCUUUUGUAUGAAAAGUGAAAGGCAGUUCCUAGAACUCGAUACUGACUUCCAAGAAUUGGAUGCUAAUUUCCAAGAAAUUAGUGACAUUGACGAUACCAAAAAGGACAGUUUGCUAGAUAAAAAGAUAAAUUUAAACGGCGAAUGCAGUUAUUUAAUUGACGACAACAGAAAUGUGAAUGAUAAAGUGGGAGAAGUAAAGGAACUGGGAGCAGUUUUGCAAGAUGUGGUAUUAGAAGAUAGGGAUUUGAACCCGGAAGUUGAUGAAGAUUACAGGGGGACAAGUUCAUUGGGAGAGCAGAUUCCACCGCUAUUGAGCUCCAGUUCGGACUUACCUAAUGAAAAUUUUGUUGUAAGCACCACAUGCAAACAGGCUGGGUUAAAAUCUGACAAUUUUCCUGAGGGGAACAAAGAUAUCUUACUUGAUGUUGAAGGCGGAAAUACUCUAGUGGGGAAAUUCCAGGAACUGGAGCACGGAACGGAUUUGUUCUUGGAAAAAGAAGCAAAAUACGAAUUUUCACUUGAAACGUUGCUUUUAAGUCAAGACACUUCUCUUUGUAAGUUCAGUGAACAAACUGAUCAAUCCCAGAUGUCUGUUCAUGGUACCGAGUUUCCAUCAUUCUUGGAAGAGUCGAAAAAAGAGACAUUUUACCAGGAAAUAGAAGAAGCGGAAGCAUCAGACACGGAAGAAGAACUUAUGGCACUGCAAAGGGAUGUAAAUUUGUCAAGCCAGGAUGAUACAGUUUAUUCGGGGCUGAUUAGUUUUGAUAGGGGAUUGGAAGCAUCUGAUUGGCUAGAAGAUGAUGGACGUGAGAAUGAAAUAUCAAUCAAAGGUAAGAGUGAUUUAAUUAUGGAAAAUGAUAUCGAGAUGUUUUCAAAAGGAAAGAAAAUCAGUUAUGAUAAAGAAGUCUGCAGAGAUGAGGAGCGCGAGUUUCAAGAUGGUAGUAAUGAAGUUAGGACUGGAUUGACGGAAGAAGAAAUCAAAGAAAAAUCGAAUAUUCCGAGCUUGAUUUCGCAAACAGAUUUUGAUAAAUCCGGUGCUGUAUGUGAUUCUAAUGGGCCUAGGACAACAAAAGGGGAUGACCCUAUUUUAACGACUCUGGCAUCCUAUGACACUGAAAACACUGAAAUGGUAGAUGGACCCCAAACAGGCGACUUAAUCGAUUUCUCGCCAAUCAAACCAACCUCUUUUAACUUGACAGACGGUAGAACGGAUGGACAGAUGCCUAAAUGGCUUGAACAACAGUUACAGGCCAGCAGCCCGGCCGGAACGAAAACAAAGCGGACAAUUAACAUCCAUGAAGCCGGACUAUCGCAUAUCGAAGAUAUGAACUCUGUUAUGUCUGUGAAAGAAAUAUCAGAAAAAGCCAGUUUGGUUGUGAAGAAAAAACUGAUCGAACAAGCAAAACAGCCGCUGAGGUCAUCAACUCCUGUGCAGGAGCUUGAGGAAAAUGAUAAUUAUGUUAAUGUUGAUAAUUUAUGCCAAGAAACUGACGAUUCUCCACCUGGGGAUGAAGACAGCCAAAACAUUGGAGCCACGGAAGAGGCUGUUGUGACUUCACCAAGUGAAGAACCGAAACGAGGCUUUAAGCUUCCGAGUUUUGCACGUAGCACGUCAGUUGGCGAUCAAGAAUUUGUCGACCCGGAGACCGGGGAAUGCCAGGAAGACGAUGACGUCAUCAAGCCAAGUUCGCUAAUUCAGAGUGCUUCACUUUCCAAUUUGCAUCUACACGGUCUAAGCUCUCACGACAGUCCUAGAAAAGCGUAUUCCGCAGUCGACUUAAUAGACAAUUCACGUUUAAAUACUGGAGAGUACAGUGCUUUUAAUCUACUAAAGAAUCUAGAUGAAAGCAUAUCAAAAUCGGACUCAAAUGUGUAUAACACGGACUGUCGGAAUAGAUCAUCACCGAUUCCAGAACUUGAAAAACAUGAUGAAAGAAGGUGUGCUUAUUGUGGAAGCCAUUUUGAGAACGACAAAGAAAGUCUGAGUGAUGAUUUCAAGAAAUAUGUCGAAAUUCAGGCGAAGGUUCACGCGGCAAGACAAAUCUACGAUCUUGAUGUCGUAACACAGGGACUCCGGAUCAUUGACAAAGAUGUACCGCGUACGGAUCGAGACCUUGCUUACUUCAGAGGAAAUGAGAACCCAAAUCUUCUAAAGCUGAGGGAUGCUCUCAUUACAUAUGCUUUCUUUCAUCCAGAUGUUGGCUAUGCUCAAGGAAUGAAUGAUAUCAUGAGUCGCUUUUUCGUUGUCAUGGACUCAGAGGCGGAUGCCUAUUGGAUGUUUUGUAAUUACAUGGAACACUUCAAAGGAGAUUUUAUGGAGAACGAUAUGCUGCGUAAAAUAAGUUUAGUCGAACAGCUUUUAAUGAAAAUGGAUCGCGAAUUGUACGAUUUUCUUCAAGGUUUGCAGAUGGAGUUGAUAUUUUGUCACAGAUGGUUGCUGCUUACAUUCAAGCGAGAAUUCUCCUACAAGGAUGGUUUGAGAAUAUUUGAGAUUAUAAGUAGUCGGCAUCUCGAAGUUUCAUCUCUUGAGGCGGAAAUGGAAAGAUCAAGGGAAAGAGCAAGAGAGCUGGAGAAAGACGAGGGAAGUCGAAUGGAAGAGAUUUAUGUUAGCCCUGAGUAUUCGUUUGACGUGUUCGUGUGCGUGGCGAUGCUACACGAAUGUCGUGAUCGUUUAAUGAGCACGAAUGAUGUUGCGAGUAUCUACCAACUCAUGGCAAGUUUGCCUAAUGUGAAUGACCUGGACACGAUCCUAUCGCGGGCUGAAGAUCUCUUUUUCAAGUAUUGCCGCAAAUCAACCAUCGAUUGCUUUCAAGUCAUUGACGAACCCAUCGAGAAGGCGCUCAGCUGGAAACAGCGCCUCCACAUCGACUUUUAGUCGACCACAGCUGCGCAGUACGUAUCGUAAAAUUGAUAUCCUGAUGCCAGUGAAAAAGAGGCCAGGAUCACCACGGACGCAGGGAUAUCUUCAUUCAUUCUUGCUGAAGGGGACAUCCUCGAUCUUAUUUUGUUGUUAUAGAAAGCUAUCGUUCUUUCAGUCGAUAUGGGGGUCCAUUUGCACCCAAGGACUCUUUGCUAACCCCCGUCACAAGUAAAAUUUCCUUUCAAUAUUUAUAAUUCCCCUAAAACGACAUCCCUACCUAUAAGCAUCCCAUUUUUAAAAUCUUUCAACCAGAAAUCAAUUUUGUGCAGAACUGCUGGAAAAUUCUAUAGCUUUAGAAGUAAGUAGAAAAUCUAACCUUCUAGUUGCAAUAAACGCCUUUGUUGACAACCAUUACCCCGUUAUUUUUGAUAAACCCCAACCCCCAAUUUUUCAAACUAAAUAUUUCUUCAGGAAAUGUACAUAACUAAUUACGUUAACUAUAAAAAAGUAGUGACAACUUUACGAACUUCCAGAAAUUUAAUGAUUUCUCCCAAUGCAAGGUUCCGUAUACAACCCCUCUUCUCCCCUUUCCCUACCCCCACCCCGAAGCGGUAACGCAGUUGAUAAAGGCAAGAAAAUGGUAGAGAUGGUGCUUAACCUUCUGUCUCUGUUCUUAAAUUUCACCCCCAAAGUUUUGCUAAGACCCAAGAUUUGUCAACCCUCGCCGUUAUCUACCCCAAAAAUUGUGCCUUUCUUUAGAGAAAACCCUUUUUCCGCCAGGGGGUAUCAUAAUUUCAAACUGCUGUAUGCAUUUAGCAAUAAUCGUAAUUGCAUCGUCAAUAAUUAUUUAUCAAAUGUCUACCCCCUUAUAUUACAUUUAAUUUAAAAAAGUUAAAAAUGUCUCCACAUGGCGCCGGCUAAUAUGUUUUUUGGUUUAAUUAGUCAUUGAAUUUAUCAGGUCAUUGAACAGGAUCAUCUCUUCAGAAUCCGGCUGGAACCGGACGAUUUUUAUUUUUUACAAUCCGGCUGGAUAGCACAAGCCACGUUGACAAGGCAAAAGAUUGACCAAAUAUAUUUUCUGAAAAAAUUCCCGCUGGCAUCGGACUUUCAAAAAAUGUUGAUCCGGCGCCGAGUUGUUCCGGCCAUUGAAUAUCCGGUUUACCCUAGAAAAGAAAAGUUUCUUGAGCUUAUUUUGCUGAAUUCAGUUGUUUAAGUUACCGGAUCAGAAGAUACUGGCCAAAACAUUUAUCCCAAAUAACUAUGCAAGCAGCUGUUGUUACCGGAAGAGCUGUUUAUUUCGACAAACGUUUGUUAACCCCGGCCCCUUAAAUUUAUUGAACAUGAAACCCCUAACCCUUAAGAGAAAUUUUGUUUGUAUCAUAAAUUUCUUACAGUUUUUUAUCAAAAAUAGUGUGUAUACUCAAAAGAACCGUGACAACUGCACGCAGUAAAUGCCCGUUAUAGAAUUACCCUACCCCUGAAAUGCGAAUAUCCGAACCCAGCGCCAUUAGCGCUACCUGCGACAGUUUCAGAUUUUUUAUUUAACUUCCAUUUUAAGUUUCAUCUGUCGUAUGGCGUAACAAAAUAUGUCUUAUUUUUUAUAUUGAAACUUACAGUUGUAGAAUUAGCGCUUGUAGCAUAUUUGAAAUUAAAGUUUGAAUGAAAUUUUUUUUGGAAAAAUCGUCCUUGUACAAUUGUUUAAAUAAUGAUAUAUAUUUGGCUAAGAAAUCCUUGGAGAAAAAUUGUCUUUUUAUUAGAGC